AACUUGACGGAGAGAAGUUCUCGAAGAAGAAGAAUCUCAAACAGCAGAAGCAGAAGAAGAACAAGAACAAGAACAAGAAUAAGAAUAACAAGAAGCAGAAUAACCUCAAACAGAAGAGGAAGAAGCAGAAUACGCAGAAGAAGAAGAUGGAGUCCUCCGCGGUGGAGAUCGACGGCAGCGUGAUGGAGGGAGGCGGACAGAUCCUGCGGGUCUCCGCGGCGCUCAGCUGCAUCACCGGCUCCUCCAUCAACAUCAGCAAAGUCCGCGCCGGCAGGAGCACACCGGGGCUCAGACCACAGCACCUGAGCGGCCUGCAGCUGGUCUCAGACCUGUGCUCCGGCAGCCUGCAGGGAGCCGCCGUCGGCUCCACGGACAUCAGCCUGACUCCAGGCAAGAUCCAGUCCGGGAACCACACGGCCGACACCAAGACCGCCGGGAGUGUGUGUCUGCUCCUGCAGGUGGCGCUGCCCUGCGCUCUGUUCUCUGACUCGUCCUCUCGGCUCAUCCUGAAGGGAGGAACCAACGCAGAGAUGGCUCCUCAGAUCGACUACACCGUCAAGGGCUGCAACAACGAAUCGAUAAAAAUCGAUUAUUAAAAUAGUUGGCAACGAAUUUCAUUAUCGAUUCGUUGUGUCGCGCGAUUAUUACGGCGCUCAAUAAGUCACGGAGUAUAAACAAAGUAGAUUUGAGCGCAGAGAGGCGCAGGAGAAACAAGAGGGAGGGAGAGACGGAACGCUGCGUUGUGAGAGCCAAUCAGCGCUGAGCUGCUCCUCUGUUGAUGAAUCUAAUUGGCUGCUGCUGCUCACGUGGCGCUGGAUGCGGAAGUCCUUCACGUCGUCGGAGACAUUCACGGAGCUGAGUGCGCCUCCGGGUGACGUCAUGACCCCAGACACCAGGGCGCUACAUGUCACCACGUGUGUGGCAUUUCCACAAGAGUAGAACGUAGAAAACGUGGUUAUUUAUUCCGUGGCGGAUAGCGGAAAAUAUUUUUCCACGGAGAAAGGCAACGGAGAUAAGCCACGCCCCCACUCGCUGUGAGCGCUGCGCGUGCAGACAGCAUUUAACGGAGCGGAGCAGCGCGUGAGCUCUGAUCGGGCGCUCUUUUAAUGAAGUAUCGAUACUAAAAAUAUGCUAAAUCACAUCGUUUUUAACGUACGGGUACUUUGUUAGCAUCGCUACACCGUGCAGCGUGACAGCAGCAAAUGUAGCGGACUAACAUUCAAGCUAACCUAACUUCCCAAACGCUGUGGACAUCUGAACGCUGAUUGGCCGAGACGCGACACGUCUCAUCAAAGAUGUUUUAUUGUGAAGAAGAGCACCACUUCACAUUUUUUCCGCGUCUCACUGCAAUCUCAACGGCAGCGG